AGAACUUGUAUGGCAUUUUUAGUACGGUGUACUGUCAGUCGAGUGUGUGGAGAGUGGGGCUCUCGGGAAGUUGCACUUUUGUAAUAAAAAUUGUCUGGCACAGACACCCCAAAAUGGCUCGAAACUGUACCCCCUUCGUUCUCCUUUGGAUGUCAAUAAUUGUCUCCGUCCUUACGGGUAUUACUGGCCUAACCAGGGAUAAUUUCUACCCCUUCGGCCUGGAGUACGGUGACUCUCAACUGGCCGUCGGCGACGCGGUACAGGGCUCCCUGGCCCUGCGUGUGCCGCUGCAGUUCCUGAACGUGGAGCACGACACUGUUUACGUGAACACAGAUGGUCUUGUGACGUUUGCCCCGGUGCAAGUAGAGGGGCGGGCCCCGUACACAUUUGGUGUCUCACUGAAGAACAGCCGAGUGGAAACCAUUGCCCCGUUUGGUGCAGACUAUGAUACCAGGUAUGGAGGCAGUGUUUCCUAUCGGGAAGCCUUCGGGACGGAGGUCCUCAACAGAGCCUCGCGAGACGUCAGCCAAUUCUUUGGGCGGACAGACUUCCAGGCCAGGUCGCUGAUGAUAGCCACCUGGGAUGGGCUGUCUUUCAAGGAUGAAGAAGAGGUUGUUACCUUCCAACUUGUAAUGCCAUCGGAUGGAGACCAAACCUUUGUCUUCUACAUCUAUGAAGAUGCGAACCGAGCAGCGACCAACGACUACCGCAUCGUUGGUUUCAGUAAUGGUGACGGAUCUCACUUGACCAUUGGUGGUCAUGUCUCAAGCUUCACCAACGUGGGCAAGGGUGGCAUGUGGGCGUGGCAGGUGGGCGGGGCUAACUUGGGCACCAGGGGGUUCGCCAAACCCAUCAUCGAUAGCUCUGUUGUCAACACUGACGUCAGCGGUGGAGGUGGAGGUGGAGGUGGUUCUUCCACGUUUAUUUUGCAAGGUGGCGGCUCUGCAACUAGCGGAACCACAGGAGGCUCUGAUGCCGCCGGUGCAGGAGCGGGAGAUUCGACCCAAGGGGGUGGGGGCUCGACCUUCACUCUCGUUGUGGGCGACGGCACGGGCCAGUCGUCCACUGUCAGCAGAGGCUCAUCUGUCCCCGGUGGAUCAUCGACCACAGUCGUGGUGGUCGGGGGAGGAGGGGAUGGAGGACAGGCUGGGGGACAGGCCGGGGGUCAGGCCGGGGGGCAGGCUGGGGGCAGGCUGGGGGGCAGGCCGGGGGACAGGUUGGAGGGCAGGCCGGAGGGCAGGCCGGAGGGCAGGCCGGGGGGCAGGCUGGGGGGCAGGAAGGAGAUACGAUUGCUGGACCAGUGCGGGCUACAGGUGAUCAGGCCAAUGGAGAUGGUGCUGGAGGUAUCUGGUAGAUUUGACGUUGACUUCAACGUAGACGGAGGGCUGAACCCGGACUCGGGAGACGUUUGUUCCACCUGUCACUCGCAGGCCAGCUGCCAGAAAUUCUCUGACGGCUACUGCUGCGUCUGUCCGCCCAACCUCUUUGGAAACGGACUGCAGUGCUUGGACCCACGGUAG